AUGGCACUGAGUGACCUCUUCUACCCAGACAACCCCAAGAGAAGGCAAGAACUGAUCCAUCUGCACCAGGAAUUGCUCAAUUGCAUGUCCGCAAAUUUCCGUGCAACAAACGAGCUGGUUGGAGUGCUGAAUGAGCACCUGGGCUGUACCAUCACCCACAUCAGGAUGAGAGAGAGCAGCACUGUCAAGGAAAACUGUGACAUUAUCAUUCAAGCGAUGAGUGAGAUUCAGCAUCAGGUACAGAAGAUUGAUAGUGACAUGAAGGAAAAGCUAGAGCCUGUGCUGUACCAGAAGCUAUAUGACAUCAAGGAGCCCGAGUUGGAGAAAAUUGCAAUAGCCCAGAAAGUUUUUUCCAUUAUUCUUGGAGAAGCGACUUCAACAGCUGGGAUGGUAGCUAUCAAACUUCUUAGCUCCAGUCUUAUAACUCUUACUGUGAGCAAGCUCAUCAGUCUCCUCAUGCAGAUUGGGGCAUCUGUCCUGGGCGGAAUCAGCAUCACCAUUCUCGGGCUUGGCAUUGAAAUGAUCCUCCAUGCCAUCCUGGGAGCCGUGGAGAGGAAUCAGCUUCUGGGAGCUGUGAGAAGCUACGAGAAGCACCUGGCUGAGUUUAAAGCAGCCUCAGAAAAGUACCAGCGUGCCAUACGUGAAGUGAUGUCUUUGGUGAGAGAGCAGGCUCAGUGA